CUCUACAGGAGAGCAAAAGGACCGGGGGAUAUCUUGGACAAGACUGGAACUAAGGAGAUAGAACUACGAACAAAGUUUCUUACUACUGACGCUUGGUCCUACAAAUUCCUUUGGAAAGGCUCUUUGGAAUUCAUGUCAUUUCUAUUUUACUUCAAAACCUACAAACAUUCAAAACAUUUAUACGUGGACGCAGCAAAUACAAGAAAUACUGGGCUGUGCUAAGAGGGAACUAUCUAUAUUUCCAAGUGACAUGCCGGGAUCCAAUGUAUAUUGAGAAAAUCUGUCUUGAUGACUUUGUAGCUGUAGUAAAUGAGGACAGCCAUGACAUGGACCUGCAAGCAGCCAACUUAAUACUGAAGCUGAAGCAAGGAGAUGUUAAAUUAAAGGCAGAUAGUUUGGAGAGCCGAGAACAGUGGAAAGGUUUUAUUCACACGGUUGCAAAGUUGGAGAUCCCCAACCUGGACCUCCUCCCUGGACAGUUUCAUAGACUUAAGGAGGUACUUGAGGAAGAGAUAAAACAACGCAGGAAGUCGACACCUCCACCACUCCCGGCACGACCAGCAACUCCAGACCCUGGAGACAGCUAUGAUGAUGUAGAAAACCUGCCCAGAUGCUACUAUAAGAUCUCACGGGUUGAGGCUGAGAUCAUGUUAGAGAGAAACAUGGAGAAUGGAAACUUCUUAAUGAGACCAGGCAGUGACAAUAAGAGCAUUGCAAUUACAACACGGCAAAUGUUCAAAAACAAAGCACUUAUAAAGCAUUACCGAGUCCACUGUGCAGAAAAUGGAUACAUAGUUGAAGUCGAGGGUGGAAUCUUGUGCAGCAGCAAGCAGGAAGUAAUCAAUUAUUUUGUUCAACAAACCAAUGGAGUUUUGAAGCCUUUGGAAAGAUCAAUGGACUAUGAAGUCAAUAUGAGUUUUGUGCAGGAAGAUGUUGAGAGUGGUGAAGUGAUCCAUCAGAAGCCCCUAAAAAGGACAACCAAGACAUCACUCCCAGCAGGGAAGGAAGAGAAACCAGGUCCAAGGUUUCCUGAGAUCAUGGAACCAGAAGCAGAGUACCUCAAUGAUUAUGAAAUUGAUAAACUGAAUCAAGUCAAAGAACAAAAACUACCCAAGGAGGCACUGAUGCCACCCCAUCGAAAACCUCAGACACAGGCAGACCCUUGCUGUUUCAGUACUCACCUUGCAUUAACAUCAGAAACUGAGAAGCUGAAUCAUGGCAAAGUACAAACUUUAUCCAAGGAUGCACUAAAGCCACCACGUUCAAAAUCAGAGACACAGACAAAGCCUUCCAGCUGGAGUACUCUCCCUAGAUUAACACUAUCAGCUGUCAGUCGUGAGCUCCAGUUAAAGUUGCAGCAGAGAAGGGCAGUGAUGAAUGACAUUCUUCCCAGUCCACCUCCCAGUGAUCUAGAGAAGCAGUGAAGCAUGGAAAUAGGAUUUGGCUCAAACGAAAUCCAAAUAUGUAGCACCUGGACAUUGAACUGUGAGAGGUGCUGUUGAGUUCUCUUUUGGAUAAUAUCAAACCAAACUUCUUCACAAAGUGUAUGUUCACAAAGUGAUUCUGAUACCUCCAUGAACUUUGGUAAUUGUCAUUGCUGAAUGUCUUAUUUUAUGGCAGUUAACGUAGAUGUUCAAACAUACAACCCAGACUGUAGUGUGAAAUGUAUCAAUGGAAUGUUGUGUCACUAUUCUUUUAUACUAAGUUGAACAAGAUGCAAACAUUCAUUUUUGGUAGUGAGAUUGUAGACACUUGUGCCAAUUCUUUGCAGACACCCUCCUGAAUUUAAUUCAGGUUUAUGCUUUGAUGUACAUAGGUUAGUAAUUGUGAUGGGGUACAUUCAAGAGAAUUUGAGACUCUCUCAGACUGAGAUGGGUGAGCUGGAGUUAAAAUGAGCUUUGUGCCCCCACCUUGCUAUCUUAAUUUAGUGUGAACUUCAUUGUUCAACUGGCACAUUUGUCUAUCUUAAAAGUUGACCGUGAGAUUUGGUAGUGGUCUUUAUGUGUGAAAUAUCUAAAAGUAGCAUGCAAAUCAGUAGUGAAAAGUUAAUAGACUUAGAUGGCUUUUCUCAUUCUCUUGUGUCUGUCCCAACCACUGCCCCCCCCCCCCCCCCACACACACACACACACACACACACUUUCAGUGGGAAAUGAAAAGUGUACACAAACUGGAAUAGAUUGGUGGAGGAGACAAAAAUCUCACUCUCACACAAAGAGUGAGUAAGUGAAAGAACGGGCUUCCCCACAAGAGUGCAGCUUCCCUUUAAGACCAUUGCCAGCAUCAUGUUGGAAGGUUGAUAUACAGGAGUACAUGUGGACAAUACCAUUUGCUUUAUAACAAAGCUGAGCCAAGUAACCAGCAGUGCUGUGAAAAUCAACCUCGAUGUUUUUAAACAUAAUACACUUUAUGUUAGGAAAUAGGUUGAAAUGAUAUUUAGUAGAUUGUAACGUAGGACAGAAUUGUUUUGUUUUUCCCAAAUUUUGCCCCUCUCCCCACACUAGGCUCUUGUUAGAAAUGGUUCCAAUCCUCACAUCAGGUGGCUAUUCUUUAUCUGGGAUCUUUAGAGGUGUCACUGGAUUCCUUCAGGUGGCGAACAAUAUAGAACUAUCUGGACCUGUCUUUAAGUAAUAAAAUCUAAUCCUGCCCUCAUCCAGACUUGCAGCAUUAUUAGCAUAAUCACUAAGAGACCUAAAUAAUUGUUCUGCUCUAAGUCCAGGAGCACUGAGACUAAUUAUAUCGAACCUCUAUUGUUGUCCUGGCUGAAUUGAGUGAACACUGUGCAAAUUAUCGAACUUCUGGCCUAUAUGACUUACACUCCUUGUCAUUUAUAGGGAGUAGGGGGGAGCAUCUGUAGUUAACACUAUAAAAACAAAUGCAUACAUUUAUGGAUUGCACUAUUAGUUCUGUAUUUAAUUGCAACAAUUUUGCAAAUUGUUAAGUGAAAAUAAAGUCUUGACAAGCAUUUUAUUUAA